AAUGUUAAAGCGUGUGUGGAUGUAAUUUAUACAAGAUUCGUAUAAAGUGGAAGCUGCAUGCAGCAUACUGUGUCAUUUCUUCCUUCUCUCCAAGACUCUUUCCAUAAUUCUUGUUCUAUAUUCUCUUCUCUUGCUCGCAGAUGAGGCCUGCCUUUCAUCCAAACAAGUCCUAAAAGUAAAUCAGAACUUGUUUCAAGUCUCUCUGUGUGUGUGUGUGUGUGAGAGAGAGAGAGAGAGAGAGAGAGAGAGAGAUGGGAAGUGAAGAGUCCAUAUCCAGAAAGCAUUCAUGCCAACACAAUCAAAUGAAAUACAAGCUGAAGAUACUAAUGCUCAUUGUACUUUCCAACCUUCUCACCAUAUACAUCUUCACAGGGCCUUACUCUUAUAUGCACUAUCCCAUUUCAAGAUUUUCCCAACUCUCCACCUCCCCUGUUUUUGAUUCCACCACCCUAUUGCUCAAGCUCAAUUCGACACGAGACGAACUCAUUGCCAGCCGCUCUCAGAUUGCAGACUUGCAGAAGGAACUCAGGUCAGCUCACUCUUUAGUCGAGGAGCUCGUUGUUCAACUCUCCCGCCUCAAUGGAGCCAUUGAUCAAGCCUCUAACCCCACAAAGUUUACUUACAAUGAUCUUCUUGAUGAUGUAUCUGAUGAGGCUAAGCUCGCCAUUGGCCCUCACAAGCUUCCACUAGGAUACACUCCGAGAAUGGGGUCGGAUGAAGUCUACUCUUCGGUUGGAGGGGGUUGCUUGAAGCAUAAAGAAGACUUGAGGAAGUAUAUGUCAUAUCAGGUUGGAGGAGAGUGUCCUGUUGAUGAUGUUUUUGUGCAGACUCUCAUGCUUAAGGGCUGUGAGCCGCUUCCUAGACGGCGGUGCCACCCCAAGUCACCGGCUAAUUAUGUCGAGCCAACUCCAUUGCCGGAGAGUCUGUGGUCUAUUCCACCAGAUUCAAGCCUUAUUUGGGACCCUUACACCUGCAAGAACUACACAUGCCUAGUGGAAAGAAGGAAGGCUCCAGGGUCCUAUGAUUGCAAAGAUUGCUUUCACUUAGAAGGAAGGGAGAAGAUUAGAUGGCUUUUUGACAAUGGCGGGCUGGAUUAUGGAAUUGAUCAAGUUCUUGCCAUGAAGCCACCAGGAACCAUUCGGAUUGGCCUGGAUAUUGGAGGCGGGUCGGGGACUUUUGCUGCCAGGAUGAAGGAGAAGAAUGUGACCAUUGUCACAACGUCGAUGAACUUUGAUGGCCCUUUCAACAGCUUCAUUGCAUCACGGGGGCUGAUCCCGAUGCACGUUAGCGUUUCACAGAGGUUUCCAUUUUUUGAGAAUACUUUGGAUAUCGUCCAUUCAAUGCAUGUGCUCAGCAACUGGAUCCCUGAUGCUAUGCUUGAGUUCACUCUGUAUGAUAUAUACAGGGUGCUGAGGCCUGGGGGACUGUUCUGGCUGGACAGGUUUUUUUGCUUUGGCUCACAGCUGAAUGCUACUUAUGUACCAAUGUUUGAUCGUGUUGGAUUCAGAAGACUAAGGUGGAAUACUGGCAUGAAGUUGGACCGUGGCAUUGAUAAGAAUGAGUGGUAUUUCUCUGCUGUGCUGGAGAAGCCGAUGACUUGAGGUAUCAAACUCGUUGCUGACUUUCUCUAGCUCAUAGUGAUCUACCGAAAUAACCACGUUCAAAGACCUCACAGUCAAAUGAGGGGAAUCAGCUUUCAGACGUUGCUUUCCUGGGAUUGGAAAGGUCUGAGAAAGGUCAAAUUUUUUAAACUGUAGCCAUGUUGUUUUGUAUUGUAUGGAAUUUUGUUUGUUGUUCUUGAA